GCAGCGUGGCGAGGAGCACGCCCAACGGGGGGCGCGCUCGGGUCGGGUUCGGCUUCACCACCACCACCACCGACGCCGCCCCGCUGUCCGACGCCGACGGCUCCGCGUAGGAAAUCUCCCGCUCCCGCUCCUCCAUGUCCUGAAUUGUCGCCAGGUACCGCUUGCAGAGAAAAUGGUGGGCGGCGUGCACGCCUCGCCCGCCUCAAGACGACAUGUUCAACCUGAUGAGCAACUGCUGCACCUGGUUCUCCAAAAUCCAGGAGCCAAUCAGGCGAGUGACUGUUCUGGUGGUCGGUCUUGACAAAGCCGGAAAGACGUCGUCCAUCCGCGGGAUGUUACGAGCACCCAACGCCGCCGAGGGCGGCCCCACCCACGGCUGCGUGCGGAGCCAGCUGCGGGUGGAGAACUACCUGGUCACCUUGCUGGACGUGGGCGGCUCGUCGGAGUCGCGGGGGGGCUGGAGGGAGUUUUACGGCGAGGCGCACGGUUUCGUCUUCGUGGUGGACUCCGGCGACCGGCCGAGGAUCAAGGAGGUCAAGGAGGUCCUGGCUGAGAUGCUCAAGCAGCCCAGAGUGGCAGGAAAACCCCUCCUGGUCUUGGCUAACAAGCAAGACAAAGCGAACGCCCUGCUGGGAAGUGAGCUGAUCGAGACGCUCUCGUUGGAGAAGAUGGUCAACCAGAGCCGCUCCCUGUGCCAUAUCGAGCCCUGUUCGGCCUUAAUGGACCUUCGGCGCCGGUCGGACCGGAAGGCGUUCCGAGGCCUCCGCUGGCUGCUGCGAGCCGUCUGCCUGGACUACCCGCAGCUGUGCGCCCGCGUGGCCCGCGACGGCGAGGCGCCGCCGGAGCCCGCCGAGCGCGACGGCAAAACGGAGAAGCCGAGGAGGAGACACGGGGGCGAACGCGUGAGAAGCAGCAAGUCGGACCUCCGCCAGGUUCAAAGGCCAAAGAACAAGGAAAACGCCAGCAGAGGGGAAAGAAAGUUGCAGCCCAUUCGGGACACGCUGCAGAAGGAGAACGCGCCGAAAAAGAGGAAGAAGAGGCCCGUCAAAGCCGACGACGCGGCCAACGGGCGGGAGGAAGGCGAGCGCCGCAACGCGCUCGGCCAGCCCGGAAAGACGAGACCGCGACGGAAGGGCGGGGCCAAAGACGGGACCCCCGCUCCGCAGUCGCCCCGCAGCGACCGAAGUCCCCUCAGAGCCAAAGGGGAAAAGAGGAAAAAGAAGAGAGGCGUGAAAGUUAAAAGGAGGAACAAGAUCAACACCGAAGAAACGUCCGGAGCUUCCUCUCAAGACGUCGACCUCUCGGCCACGUUCGAUCUUUACCGGAAAGCCAUACUGGCUCUGAAGGAGCGUCAGGAGAACCGAGGACAAUGACGGGGGAAAGCCGCUCGGCUGCCAUCUCGGGUCAUUUCUGGAAAUGUGGAAAAGAUGAUUUUCAAAAUCGUUUCACUACCCUGCAAUGCAU